CUUUGCCUUAGUUGUCCGUUGGAGUGAAGGUAGAUACUAGUCCCAGCAAUAUUUACUAUAUAGCUUCGGUGAGUACGGCACGCUUUUCUGUUCCCUCCUAGUAUCGUGCCCCCAGACUCCUUCAGUAUGGCUCCUCGACAAAUCUCCGUGUCUGAGAUCUCGCAGCACAACAAAGACACCGACUGCUGGAUAGUCGUCGACGGCAAAGUAUGGGACAUCACCAAAUUCGCGCCAGAGCACCCCGGCGGUCCUGGCAUCAUAUACAAAUACGCCGGUCGUGACGCGACAAAAGCGUACAGCGAGAUACACUCCUCUGCAAUCAUCCAAAAAGGCUUACCGGCCAACGCGCUCAAAGGCACAAUCGACAGCUCGACCAUCACCGAAGAAUGGGCGAAACCCCUCUCAGACGAAACACCAAAAGCCAAACCAGCCUCAUCCUCAGAAAAGCCGCCUCUAGAAUCCAUCAUUAACGCCCACGACUUCGAGCUCGCCGCCCAGCACAGCGCCACGGCCAAAACAUGGGCAUUCUACAGCUCAGCCUCCAACGACCUAAUCACCAAAGAUCUCAACGCCUCACUCUUCCCCAAAGUCCUAUUCCGGCCACGUGUGAUGCGCAAAGUCGACAAGAUUGACACCACGACCACCAUCCUCGGCUACAGAGUCUCCUUCCCGCUCAUGGUCUCACCAGCCGCCAUGGCGAGACUGAUUCACCCAGACGGCGAACUGGCCAUUGCACGCGCCUCCAAAACCAAAUCUGUCAUCCAAUGUAUAUCCAACAACGCAUCGUACGCCGCCGAGGAGAUCGUCUCGCAGCCAGAAGUCGCGGACUACCCCUUCUUUUUCCAGUUGUACGUCAACCGCGACCGGGAGAAAUCCAACGCUCUGAUCAGACAAAUCCACAAAAGGAAGAACAUCCGCGGCAUCUUCGUGACCACCGAUGCCGCGGCUGCAGGUAAACGUGAAGCAGAUGAGCGAGUGAAAGCCGACGAGUCGAUUUCGAACCCGAUGAUGACGACCACCGCCAAGAACGACAAGAAAGGUGGCGGCUACGGACGGCUGAUGGCGAGUUUCAUCGAUCCAAACCUCCACUGGGGUGAUAUCGCGUGGUUGCGCAGCCAGACGAAACUGCCGCUCGUCCUCAAGGGGAUCAUGUCGGCGGAUGAUGUACGGCUUGCACUCGAGUACGGAUUGGACGGCGUGGUACUGUCGAAUCAUGGCGGGAGAAAUCUGGAUACCAGCCCACCAGCGCUGUUGGUCUUGCUCGAGAUCCACGCGCGCUUUCCCGAGAUCAUCACGCAGCAUCACCCAAGGUCGGCAGCCGUGCGGUCGGGCGCCGCAAAACCGUUCUCGAUAUUCGUGGACGGCGGUAUCCGUCGCGGGACUGAUGUGCUGAAAGCCGUGUGCUUAGGCGCGGUGGCUGUGGGGUUAGGUCGGCCUGUGCUGUUCGCCACGGGGUACGGACAGGAGGGUGUUGAGCAGUUGAUUGAUAUUGUCAGGGACGAGUUCGAGGUUGCCAUGAGAAAUAAUGGCAUUACGAGUAUUGACGAGUGUUCUCCUGAGUAUGUCAAUACUGGUGCUAUUGAUAAGUGGGUGGUGAAGCGAAGGGAUCAUCCUUAUGCUGUGAGUUGGGCGAAGGGCACGUUAGCGACGACGAGCCUGUUUGGUACUGGAAGAGAGAGCAAGUUGUGAUUUGUACAAGAAAUACCAAUAGAAAGGGAAGGACUUGGAAUGUUGGGGAUGUGAACAGCAUUCAUAGCCGGAGUAUAUGGUCUCUGAGCGGCAGGUGAAGGCUGCCGAACAAGAUCUAGAUCUUACAGACUGGCGAACUACCA